AUGGACCAGUUGUUCAGGAGUCAUGUGGAAGAUGGUUGGUCUUGUUUGAAAGCUUGUCGAGACGAUGAUGCGGGAUGUCUCUCAAAUCACACAAAAGAAGUCCUUUUCCAGUUCAGAUCGAUUCCCUCCUUUCGACAUCUUCAAGAGCCGAUUGAAAUCUCUCGGAUACGAGCUCAACUCGGUGUUCCAUUCAGUGUUGAGUAUCGCGUUGAUCCGGCUAAUGCACGACAUUUUAUGGUGCAACAAGAGAGGAAUAUUGGCAUCGUGAAGAUUAAAGCCCCAUUGAAGGGUCCAUUGAUGGAGAACGUUCGUGUCGAUAUUCUGACUCGUUCUCGAACCGGUGUCCUUCUCAAUCUAAACCAUGCUUUGAUUCAAGUCUACGUCUCGAGAUAUCCCUUU